CGAAAGGAACUAUUGUUCGAGGACGUAGCGAAAGAGUACACCGAAGCCGCGGCACGAUGACGAAUACUGGAGCAAAAAUGUUUGCGAGGGUAACAUUUUAUCCAACCUUGCUUUAUAAUGUCGUUAUGGAAAGAAUUACGACUCGGAACUGGUACGAUAGAAUAGACGAGACUGUUAUAUUGGGCGCCUUACCUUUUCGGCGAUCGGCUAAACAGUUGAUAGAUGAUGAAAAUAUAAAAGCUGUUGUAUCUAUGAAUGAAGAUUACGAAUUGUCUUUGUUGUCAAACACGGAGAAAGAAUGGCGCAGAUAUAAUGUAGAAUUUCUACAGUUGUCUACAACGGAUAUCUUUCAAGCACCUUCUCAGGAAAAAUUGCAGGACGGUGUAAACUUUAUUAAUAAAUUCCGCAACAUAUCACCUAGAAAGUUAGAUAAUCCAAGUACCGACAAUAAUCACGAUGAAUAUGGUACAGUUUACGUUCAUUGUAAAGCAGGAAGAACAAGAAGCGCAACAUUGGUCGCAUGCUAUUUAAUAACAAAAAAUAAUUGGACGCCUGAAGAAGCGGUUGAUUACUUGCGAACGAAGAGACCACAUGUACUGCUUCAUACAGCACAAUGGUCUGCACUCCAGCAAUUUUAUACGAGACAUGUACAACCUAUGUCCUAGUUAAAAUUUUUU